AUGCACUUCGCAAAGUCCCUCAUCCUGCUAGCCACAGCCCUGGCCCCCGUCGCCAUCGCCGCAGAGGCAGCAGCCGCAACUCCUUCCUGCGUCACCCAAACCCUCACCCUAGUUCACUCGGGCUACGUGACUCCCACCCCGACCCCAACCUCAACCGUGACUCCCAGCUCGACCAGCACUCCCACACCCACUAGCACUCCUCUCUCCUCGAGCGCUAGUGUCAGCUUCAGUCGCACUCCUAGCUCCUCGACUCCACUGGUCAAGUCUACUGCUGUUCCCGUCAAGCCUAACACCGAGACUGGAGCUGCGCCUGCUUCGACUUCCGCUCCCGCUAGCGGUGCUGCCUCGCUCCAGGUUUCUGGCGCUAUGGCUGGUGUUAUGGCUGUUGCUGGUUUUUUGAUGGUUUAA